AUGAAGAAGAAGCUCUGAACUCUAUUAUGAAGGAUUUGGCAGCGUUGGGCAAAUGUGGGGGGCUGCUGGACAACAACAGGAAUAAAAACAUUGUCCACUCCAGCAAACAGCAGCGAAACAUCAGGAUCAAGUUUGAAUAUGAAGGAGAGAAAAGGAUUAUCCAGUUUCCAAGACCAGUCAGAUUCAAAGAAGUGGUGCAGAAGGUUACGGAUGCUUUCGGACAGACGAUGGACUUAGUCUGUUUGAACAAUGAGCUCCUGAUCCCGCUGAAAUCCCAGGAAGAUUUGGACAAAGCGAUGGAACAGUUGGAGCUGAGCCCUUCCCUGAAGAGCCUACGAAUCCUUGUGAGCGCUCCAAAGAAAGCGAAUCUCCUCCAGCCAAACAACAGUAAACAGCAUGAAAUGAGGAUCUCCAGAUCCAUGGGUGAUAUCAUGGGAUCCCUGUACAAAGACUCCGAGAGGACGCGGAAGUAUUCAACAGGCUCUCUGCACACUGGUCGGAGCUCUCCACCCCCGGGGAGUGUUCCCGAAGAGCAGCAACAGAUUGCUCGCCAGGGAUCCUACACCAGCAUCAACAGCGAGGGAGAAUUCAUCCCCGAGACCAUGGAUCAGAACAUGCUUGAAGCUUUCAUCAGCCCUGACGAGUCGCUGUCUGGGAGCUGCCAGUCGCUGGACAGAUCUGUGGACAGCCCUCCCUUUACCCAAACCCCUGUUCCUGGAAGGAAGAGCCAUCCCAAAGACAGUCUUGAUUGCAUGGAUUUUGACAUCCCAUUCUGCGAGAGGUUUGGGAAAGGUGGGACCUUCCCGAGGCAGUACCACCUCUCCCAAAGUCGCAAGGACUACAGUGACGGCCGGAGGACUUUCCCCAGGAGUUUCUUCCCACAGGAGAACCUCUUUCAGCUUGUCCCUUCUAGCCGAACCAAGAGCUUUAAUGGGGACAGCAAGCUCAGCACCUUACAGUAUGACGAGUACAGGCCCAAAUGGUGGAACAAUUGUGAAAAAGGUCUGCAGGUCUUCAGCACCUCCCCUACGAAAGCUAGGAACUCCCUGCAGGCACCUGUGAACUGGAGGCUGGGGAAGCUGCUCGGAAGAGGAGCUUUUGGGGAAGUUUAUCUCUGCUACGAUGCUGACACUGGCCGGGAGCUGUCAGUGAAGCAGGUGCCUUUCGACCCGGACAGUCAAGAGACGAGUAAAGAGGUGAAUGCCUUAGAAUGUGAGAUUCAGCUGUUGAAGACUCUCCGUCACGACAGGAUAGUGCAGUACUACGGAUGCUUGCGGGAUCCGGAGGAGAAGAAACUGUCUAUCUUUGUUGAAUACAUGCCAGGGGGCUCGAUAAAGGACCAGCUAAAAGCGUAUGGUGCUCUGACUGAGAACGUCACGCGGAAGUACACCAGGCAGAUCCUGCAAGGAGUCUUCUACUUACACAGCAAUAUGAUUGUCCACAGGGACAUUAAAGGUGCCAAUAUUUUGAGAGAUUCUGCUGGAAAUGUGAAACUUGGAGAUUUUGGGGCCAGUAAACGCAUCCAGACCAUCUGCAUGUCUGGGACUGGGAUUAAGUCUGUCACGGGAACACCGUACUGGAUGAGCCCAGAGGUUAUCAGUGGAGAGGGCUACGGAAGGAAAGCUGAUGUGUGGAGCGUGGCCUGCACCGUGGUGGAGAUGUUAACGGAGAAGCCGCCGUGGGCAGAGUUUGAAGCCAUGGCAGCUAUUUUUAAAAUCGCUACCCAGCCGACCAACCCCCAGCUCCCCGACGGCGUCUCAAACUCCUGCCGCAACUUCCUCAAGCAGAUCUUUGUGGAGGAGAAGCGGAGGCCGACGGCCGAGGACCUGCUGAGACAUCCCUUCGUCAACUGUGGACUCUGA